AUGUCCUCCCAAUUCGCUCUGGGCCACAUACCGGCUCUCUUUGUAGCCACCGCCACUACUUUUGGGGGCCUCAUGCCAUUUUUCAACGCUGAACACGCCAUUUUGGAAUUUGGCCUACCGCAACGUAUCGCCAGCUCAAAACCUGCUCAGUCUGUGAUGAUCCUGAGCUCGGCACGUAUCUCAACACUCGGGUUAACUUUGUUCGUCUUCUACUUCCAGGAGAAAUUGGCGGCCGUUGAUACCAUUAUGCUGCUUCUGGGCUACGUUGGUUUGGUCGAUGGUUAUGUGUGUUGGCUUGAAGGUGUGCCGAAAAAGGCAAUGUUUCGCCUUGCUUCUGGGCUACUCAUUGCAGGAUGCGGUUGGUUUGGUUUGACAGAGGGGGCGUAG